UGUGUCACAGCAAUUGUUUUCAAGAGCUCGACUUUUGAAUUCUGAUUCCAUGUAGUUCGGAGAUGUGGGCGGUGGAUUAGUUUUUUUUGUUGUUGUUGUUGUUGUUGCGUGGGAUGAUUAAUAGCGUGUCCUUUCUCUUUAAUAAAAUGUCAGGUCUGCGGUCAGUCCAUAUGUAAACUUCACUGUUAUAUCGGUCAUAUUUGAUCAAGUGAAUCAUCAUGGGUAACGGCAUGAAUAAGGUUGUUGAUGGUCUCUAUCUAGGAAAUAUAAGAGACUCGGAGAACAGAGACAGUCUGUCUCGUCACGGCAUCACUCACAUCCUUUCUGUGUGCAACAAUGCCAAGCCUGUGUUCGAGGAUAUGACAUAUCUGUGCAUUAAUGCAGCCGACGCCUCCAACCAAAAUUUGUCUCAGCAUUUCAAAGAGAGCAUACACUUUAUCCAUGAGUGUCGACUCAAUGGAGGGUCAUGUCUAGUUCAUUGUCUUGCCGGAGUGUCACGCAGUACCACAAUGGUGGUGGCAUACCUCAUGACAGUCACCAGCUAUGGCUGGGAGGAGUGUUUGACUGCGGUGAAAGCUGUGCGCUCAUUUGUGGGCCCAAACUAUGGCUUUCAGCAGCAGCUGCAGGAAUUCCAGAUGAAACAGGUGUCAGAGAUCUUAGUUGGGAUGGAUGGCCAGAAAUGUCCUUCUACUCAAUUUCAACAAAACAAAGCAAAGAACUUGGGUGUUAUAUUUGAUAACAAUCUGUCCUUUGAAAAUUGAAUUUCCAAUGUUUGUAGAACAGCAUUCUUCCACCUGAGAAUAAUGCUAAAUUACGGCACGUGCUCUCUGUUGCUGAUUUUGAAAAACAAAUUAAUGUGUUCAUGACCUCAAGAGUACAUAAUUGUAAUGCAUUACUGGGAGGAUGUCAAGCAAGUUAAAUAAAUAAACGUCAAUUGGUUCAAAAUACAGCUGCCAGAGUGCUGACUAGAACCAAGAAAUAUGAUCAUAUUAGACCCAUUCUGUCUUCGUUACAUUUGCUACCUGUUAAAUUUCAUAUUCAUUUUUAAAUUCUGUUAACUACAUACAAAGCUUUGAAUGGUCUAGCUCUGUAGUCCUUCUACCACACUGUAUUCCAUAACGUUCAUUACGAUCACAAAAUUAUGGCUUGUUAAUAAUUCCAAGAAUAUCAAAAUCCACAAAAGGAGUUAGAUCCUUUUCAUACGUGGCUCCUAAACUAUGGAAUAAUCUCCUUAACACGGUUCGGGAUACAGACACACUUACUCAGUUUAAGUCUAGACUAAAGACUCAUCUAUUCAUCCAGGCAUACACCUUAUUUAUCCUUCAACUCACAAUUAGGCUGCUAUAGUUAGGUCUGCCAGAACUAGAAACAUCCAUCAUGAUCUAUUCUUGGUUUCGGAUUCCACUGCUAAGUGAUGCUGAAAGAUGAUGACAUCACUUCAGUCUUUUGAAUUCAGAGGAUGCCAACUGAUGCCAACUCCAAUUGUAAGACAUGGGAUACUGCAUAUGCCACUGCUUGAACCUUGGACUUAGACGGACCCCAAUGAACCUCAUCAAAAUGAUCUGCAUGUUGAACUGUGAUGCACCUCAUCAUUCAUCUCUGCCUGCAUUACCUUUGUCUAUUGAUGGACUAUACUCUUGCAAUGGAAUACAUAGGCUAUAAUUUAAUUUCCAACAAAAGCCUUCAACAGCCAACUAACAAAGGACAAUGCAUCAAUAUGAACUUCUGCAGUUAAUCCAGGAUGAAUUUCAAAGACAUUAGUCAUUAAUUUUAAAGUUUUAAAAAACAAUGGACUUUUAUGCUUACUUAAUUUACAAAUUUAAAAACAUGACUUUCACUGCACAUAAAUAUCUAAUAUUGGCAUUAUGUUCAUGAUGUUAGUCAGAGGGGAACUGUCCCCCACAGUGAGCCUGGUUUCUCCCAAGGUUAUUUUUCUCCAUUAACCAACAUCUUAUGGAGUUUUGUGUGCCUUGCCAUAGUCGCCUUCAGCUUGCUUACAGGGGUUCUAAAUACAGUUAUUUAAUUAUUUAAUUUCUAUACACAAUUUACAAUCAUAUUUAAUCAAACUACACAAUGGUCACUGUAAGACAUUAUAUAUAUUACGGUUUAAUUUUCUGUUAAUGCCUGAUCUUCUGUAAAGCUGCUU